AUGGCCUCUUACGGCAAAGACUUUGAAACCGGCGGGCCCUAUGAGGUAAAGAACCCAGGUCGUGUUGCCGCCGAUGAAGAGAAGAAUCAUUACAAUGACGGCCCUCGCCGCUCCAGUGCAGUCGGAUCUGUAAGAGCAGUCACCGAUCAGACACAUCGAAAGCUCAAGAGCAGACACAUUCAGCUUAUCGGUAUCGGAGGAACUAUUGGUACUGCCCUAUAUGUGCAGAUUGGCCGAGGUUUGAUGAAUGGAGGACCUGGAAAUUUGUUCCUUGCAUUCUCCUUAUGGUGUACUGUCAUUCUAGCUGUGACGCUCAGCAUCGCCGAGAUGGUCACUUUCCUCCCGAUAUCCUCGCCAUUCAUCCGAUUUGCCGGUAGAUUCGUGGAUGACGCAUUCGGAUUCGCUGCUGGCUGGAACUUUUUCGUGUUCGAAGCAGCUCUUGUGCCCUUUGAGAUUGUGGCUUGCAAUGUCAUCAUCGGAUUCUGGUCCGAUGUGGUCCCAACUGGCGCAAUAAUUGCUAUUGUUCUCGUGCUCUAUGCUGUGAUCAAUAUGAUGGCCGUCAAAUGGUACGGCGAAACCGAGUUCUGGGCUGCCAUCGGCAAAGUCCUUCUCAUCAUCGGCCUGCUCAUUUUCACCUUCAUCUCCAUGUUGGGAGGCAAUCCUCAGAAAGACCGUUACGGAUUCCGUUACUGGAAGAACCCUGGAAGUUUUACAGAACUUUACUAUGAAGGUCAACUCGGUCGGUUCCUAGGCUUCCUACAGUGCUUGAUCCAGGCUUCUUUCACGAUUGCCGGACCUGAUUAUGUUUCCAUGGCCGCAGGAGAGACGGAGAACCCCCGCAAAGUCAUGCCCCGGGCUUACAACGCCGUUUUCUACCGUUUGACCACAUUCUUCGUGCUCGGCUCGCUAGCCGUCGGCAUCAACGUUCCCUUCAACGACCAAGAAUUGAUCGGCGCCUUCCGUGACGGCAAGCCAGGCGCAGCAGCUUCACCUUAUGUCAUCGCCAUGAACCGACUCCGUAUCGAAGGCCUACCCCACGUCGUCAAUGCUGGUGUCCUCGCCUCCGCCUUCUCCGCUGGAAACUCCUACGUUUACUGCGCGUCCCGUUCCCUCUUCGGUCUUGCUCUCGAAGGAAAAGCACCCAAAUUCCUCACCAAGUGCACAAAGCAAGGUGUACCUUUCUACUGUGUCGGCGUAGUCCUCAUCAUCUCCCUCCUCUCCUUCCUCCAGCUUGGCCAAAAUUCUGCUGUUGUGCUGAACUGGUUCGUCAGCCUGGUUACAGCGUCCCAGCUCAUCAACUUCAGCGUCAUGUGCUUUACUUUCUUGAAGUUCUACAAGGCGUGUCAGGUGCAGGGCUUGGAUCGAGACACGCUGCCAUAUAAGGGUAUGGCACAGCCUUACGCGGCAUGGUAUGGUCUUGUCACGACCUUCGUCAUGACCUUUGUCGGAGGCUACACAGUUUUCCUAAAGGGAAUGUGGGAUGUACCUUCAUUCCUGUUCUCGUACUUGAUGGUCUUCGCGUUCCCAUGCCUCUACAUAUUCUGGAAACUCUGGAAAAGAACAAAGUGGAUCCCGGCGCAUGAAGCGGAUCUUGUAACUGAUCUCGCUGAGAUCGAAGAGUAUCAUCGUACGUUUGUGGAGAAGCCGGAGACUAAUGCUUUCAACCGUGUUUUGGACAAAUUGUUUGGAUAG